AUGCCUCCCAAUUCAUUCGCAGAGUGGAUCGUUGGCUCAAACACCGUCAGACGCAAGAAAGCAUACCCAGCGCAGAGGUCGCGAGUGGCUCUAGAAUGGACUACGGACGAUGAGACAGGCGAUGACACGGUUCACGUCACCCUGCCAGCACACAAGGCACCCAAGCGCAAUGGCAAGCAUGUCCGCUUCGAGAAGCAGGCGGCUCAAGAGGUCAGUAACAUCGGCACGAGCGAGGAGACGUCUGAAGACGAGCCCGACUCGGACUGCCCCUGUGGAAAGUGUGUCUCGAUAAGACGGAGGCUGAAGAAACGAACACAGGCAGGCAAGAAAGCCGAGCAAGCAGAAGAUACAGAGGUCAGUGAGAGUGGGGGUGACGACACAGAUGAGGCCAUCGACUCGGAUUGCCCGUGUCGCAAGUGUGUUGGCGGGCGGAAGAGGCUAAGUAGACGCAAACAGACAGACAAGAAGACCGUUGAGUCCACCGAACCCGAAUCCGACGCCGAAAUCCAUGCCAAGCACAUGGAGAAGAAGGCCAAGCAGAAGCAGUCGCAAGAGCAGGCCAAGUCGAAAAACAAGGACGGCGGCAACAGCAAGAAGAACAAGAACAAGGGCAAGAACCAGUCCGAGGACGAGUCUGAAACCGCAGUAGAGUCCGAAGACACGACCCAGGACAAGGGCAAACAGAGCUCGAAAUCCAACCAGAGCAAGAAGAAGGGCAAAGGUGGCUCCAAACAACAGCCCGAGACGUCAGAAGACGAAUCGGCCCCCGAAGCUGCCGAGACAACCGAGGAAGAGGACCUCAAGGCCAAGACCAAGAAGAAAUCCAAGCAACAAAACAACUCGGCCAAGGGCGGUCAGAAGGACAGCUCGAAGAAGGCGGAGACCUCCAAUGAAGAUGCUGGUGACGAGUCAACGUCUAAAAAGAAGAAAAAGGACAAGUCGAAGAGGACUCCUAUUAACCCUCAGCCUCCCCGAAGACCGGAACUUCUCAUGCCCACCUCAGCACAGGUCUUGCAAGUCGAGCAUUCGGUCGAAACUGUUGCAGACCCGCGUCCCAACGCCUUCUUCGACGCUGAGCAUGGAAUUAUGCGAGUCUACCACGGUCAAGCAUAUGGAAACCCCACUGGUGUCCUCUAUCCCAAGCGGCUCGCCCAGGCCCAUGGCCCGCUGGGAAUUCCCCAUCCGUCACAGAACCCAUAUUUCUAUGGAUUCGCUCCGCCCCAUGGUGGUGCUCCUGCUGCUCACUCCUCGGCUCCGCCUCCUGUCGUUCAAGGGGCUCAUCCCAACAAUCCCUGGUUCCAAGGUUACGGGACGGUAACCGUCCCUGGCCCCCAGCCUGCCACCCCCAAGAACCCCAGAGAUGCGUACAACGCCUCGCCAUCACUCCGCGCACAAGCCAAGAAAGACAACAACGUCGGACCUUUUGCUCCUCGUAGCGCAGCAAGCGGUGGGUCGAAGAAGACGAAACCCGAUACCACUGGACCUUGGGACAUUCAGGGUGCUCAAGGCUCCAAGGGGAAGGAGAAGGAGAAUGCACCUGAGAACAACAGUGGUGCCGAUGAUGUCAACAAACCUUGGAGCCCUCAGAAGAGCGCCGAGCUACAUGAGCAUCUGCAACAGCUGGGAAGCAAGAAGGGCAGCAAGGCCGGCAGCCAGAAAAGUGACAACGGCUGGGGCACUACUGGUAACGGCGCCGGCUGGGGGCUUGACGACAAUGCUAAUAAUGGGCCUGGUAAUACCCGGGGAGGCAGCAAUAGUAACAACAAUAACACCAACGACGUAUGGGGACACGGAGGCGGGAACAACGCUCAGAAUAAUGGAAACUGGGAUAACAAUACUGGUCAGAACGGCAACAGUGGCGGAAACCUUUGGGGGUCGAAUGGUACUCAGAACAACACCGGCGGUGGCGGCUGGGGAGCCUCGAGCAACAAGGCCGGCUCUAAUAACCAAGACUGGGGAGGCAAUCCCAACACCAAUGACAAGGUGGACUGGGGCGGCAAUGCCAACGGCAACAGCAACCCCGGCCGGCCCAACUCCAACAAAGGCUCCAAGAAGGGUUCACCUACCCAGAGGCCUCCCUCGACCGCGGGCAACGUGGGGGGAUGGGACGCCCGCCCGGCGCCCGACGACAACCGGUCGCAGCUCUCCCACCGCUCGCACGGGUCCAACAACAGCCGCCGCCGGGCCAACACCAACGAUGUCCACCCACCUAGUGCCUGGCCGCAGUCGGACAACAACGUCUUCGGAACCGGCGGCUCGGGCUCGGGCGGCCCGCAGGCCUCCUCGCCGUCCCAGCGGCCCCCCUCGACCGCCGGCAACGUCGCGGGCAACGGCGACGACUGGGGCGAGGCGGUACCGGCCGGCGGCGGCGGCGCUGGAAACAACAUAUGGGGAGGAGCAGGAGGAGCAGGGCCCUCUGCCCCCGUGGAUAUGGCGAACGAGACGGGGGGCUUCUGGGACACCAAGCAGGGCCAGGCGGACGAGCACAUGGUGCAGAACCCGGGUUCGAUUCAGUGGUGA